UUGAAAUGUGCCAUCUAAGAUAUCAAAAUAAAUAUGAGACAAACAGGUCUUCUUUUCAUGUUUUAAAAACUCCACAAGACUGCCUUUACUGGAAAAGUCGCUUGGAUGAAGCUCCAGCUUCAAUGGGUGGAAAAGAAAACUAUUGGAGAAAACUUAGUCCUGAAGAUUUGCUCAGACUAGAGGGUGCCUCUUCUAUCACAUUUCAUCAGAACUUGCAUAAGUCAGUCUCACUAGGCUCUGUAGUAAGAAGUGAUGGCACCAAUCGUAGACAGGAUUUUUAUGCAGAGUUCCCCUCUUUCUCCGAUACCAAGCAGUCAUGCCCUUCCAAAAUAUCUAAAUCUGUAUAUCUAGCAAAAUGGACAGAAGAAAAAAGUCCAAAAAGAAAGAGCUUUCCUGCUUCCAAAAAUUCUGAUGAUUCUUGGACUACUGACAUUGAGAAUGAUUUGCUUAAAAGCAUGGCACCACAAAAGCAUCAGGUCAGAAUUGAUGAAGAGUGUGAAGAGACAACAGCAUAUGAAGCUUUAAAGUUGUAUCUGUGGUCCCAAACAUUAACUUUAUUGUGAGGUAUUAUUAGUUUGCUUAUUCUCCAAUGUCUAGUUUAUAUGCAAUUUUAAAUUAUAUAUUUUU